GUAAUUUAGUCACUUUAAAAGCUAAAAGGCAGCUUUAUUGUUUUCAGGUGGAUUGAAGGCUAGCAUUUACAACCCUCAGCUGGGAGUUCAUCCGAAACAGACCCAGAAGAAAGACAGAAAAGACGCCAACCUGUAACCAAAAGUUAUAGUUCCACCGCAACGAAAUGAGUUUCCCCGACAAAGCGGAGCGUGCCAAGUGCUGGAGCAACCGGGAUGAGUACUGGAAGUGCCUGGACGAGCACGCCCCCAAGCACAGCUCCACCAGUGGCGAGAAAGUGCCAUCCGCCUGCCAAAAUCUCCGCAAGCAGUUCGAGCAAUCCUGUCCUGGACAGUGGGUGAAGCACUUCGACCGCAAGCGUACCUACGAGCAGUUCAAGGAGAAGAUGGCCUCGGGCUACGAUCCCCUGGUGGAGCGUACGGCGUCCGGGGACAAACCACAGCCCCAGGCGAAGACCAAGUGAUCCCGGGUAGAGCUAGGAGGCCGGUGGCUGGUCGCCCGAAGAGCUGAGCCGUUGUUGCGCCCUGUUUUUUUUUGUAUUGUUGUAGUUUAGUGUUAAUAAAUAAGCCAUUUAGCUAAUAUGACUACAUUCAUAUGGUAAA